AUGGCCGAAGAAAAGCUAGCAGCGCCAGUGGGCAGCACAUCAGCAGGGCGUAAUGACUCCUCUUCCGGUCACUCGCAGGAGUCUACGCUAGCAUCACGUAACUCUGACGGUGUUUCGCCCUCGCACGAGAAACAAUCGCAGCAAGAGCAGUCAUGCCCAUCUGCGCACACCAGCAAGAGUGAAAAGCCGAGUUUCAACAGUCCGCAAGAAGAGCGCGACUGGAAGAGCAAGAAUAAGGGCAAUGACUCGAAUUACACGGCAUGGAAGGACAAUGACCCGGAGAAUCCCCAAAAUUGGUCUCUGGGCAAGAAGAUAUGGUGUACGACUGUGAUCUGUAUCACGACCUUUCAGGUCACCCUCGGAUCAUCGGCGCCGACUGUAGCAUCGCAAGAGAUCAGCGCAAAGUUUGGCAUCUCCACGGCCGCGUUUGGCCUCGUCACGAUGCUGUUCUUGGUCGGCUUCGCGUUGGGUCCUCUGGUCUUUGCUCCGCUAUCAGAGAUGUUCGGACGUAGGCCGGUCUUCUGGGCGACCGCGCUUGCUUAUUUCCUCUUGCAAUUGAUGGGCUCUCUGGCCACCAAUUUCGGCACAUUGCUCGCCGGCCGAUUCUUGCAAGGCCUUGCCGCAUCCUCACCGCUCACCAACGGCGGUGGACUAAUUGUAGACAUCUGGCCGACUCAUCUUCGUGGGACAGCAAUGGCAUUCUAUUCCGGCUCGAUCUUCCUAGGUCCCAUCAUCGGUCCCAUAAUGGCAUCCUUCGUCACCGAAAAGCGAGGCUAUGUCGAUGUCUUUUGGGUACUAUUCGCUUUCGCCGGCGCAGUCACCUUGCUGCUCUUCUUCGGUCUUCCGGAAACCUUCGCGAUGAUCCUGCUGCAGAAGCGUGCAAAGAAGCGCCGCGCAAACGGCGAACCGGAAGCUUGGUGUGAUCUAGAGAACGCCGACUGGUCCGUCAAGUCAGUCUUGCGCAAGAAUUUGCUCAAGCCUUUCGAAAUCCUUGGCCUCGAGCCGAUUCUUCAAGUCAUCACCGUCUACACAUCAUUUGUCUACUGGCUCAUCUACAGCUCAUUCGAGGUUUAUCCGGUCGUCUUCCAAGAGAAGCGGGGCUUCAAUCUCGGCGAAGGUGGCCUGUCAUUCAUUGGCAUCGGCAUCGGAACCACGAUAGGCGCCGCCAUUUCUAUCUAUCUACAGCGAGACUACCUUUUCCUUACCAAGAAGUGGCAUGGCACACCGCCACCUGAAUACAGACUGCGAGGAUCGAUGCUGGCAGCCCCUAUACUACCCAUCGCUUUGUUCUGGCUCGGAUGGACGGGUCAAUUCAGCUCCAUCAGCUGGGUUGCGCCGGAAAUUGCAACGAUACCACUCGGAGCAACAUACAGCCUGAUCUUCAUCUCUCUGCUGUCAUACAUUGUCGACACAUAUGGUCCAUUUGCUGCAUCUGGCCUUGCUGCUAAUACAUUUGCACGUUCGUUGUUCGCUGGUCCGUGUCCGGUCUACGUUCCCAGGAUGCUGACCGCUCUUGGCGUAUCGGGGGCACUGAGUUUGCUUGGCGGUCUCGCCAUCGUACUCGCACCUGCACCCUUCAUCUUCUACAAGUACGGGCAAACCAUUCGCAAACGAUCCAGAUUCGCGCCUUGUGCAGACCUCAAGAUACGCGAUCAGGUGCUCGAAGAGGAGCGUAAGGAUAAAGAAGGCGGCAAAGAGGCUGCAUAG